AAGCGUCGCUAAGUCGCUGUCGUGUUAACGAGCUAGCAUGCUAACCCGCGGAGAUUUACCGGUUAAAAACGGAAAAGCAAACAACGGAAACGGUAGAAAAGGUUCCUCCGUGAGUGACGACCAGUUUCAGAGACUGAUGGGAAACUGAGGAGAAAGUUUCAAACUUUUUAAACAGUCUGUGUUCGGCUGCUGCUAGCCUGCUAACGGCUAACUGAGCUGUUAGCAGUUUGAAAAGUUUCUGAGGCAGUGGAAGGAGGGGGCGGUCCAUGACGGGGGAGGGUGUCAGGCACUCCCCCAUCUUGUCUGCCCUGUUCAGGAUGAGCGAGGACCCGGAGCUGCUCGGGUCCGCGGAGUUUAUUAAAGAGCGUCUGUACUUCGCCACGUUGCGCAGUAAACCUAAAAGCACAGCCAACACUCACUACUUCUGCACCGACGACGAGUUCGUCUACGAAAAUUUCUAUGCAGACUUCGGUCCUCUGAACCUGGCCAUGUUGUACCGAUACUGCUGCAAACUCAACAAGAAGUUGAAGUCCUUCACUUUGACCAGGAAACGAAUCGUUCACUACACCAGCUUCGACCAGAGAAAGAGGUCCAACGCUGCGGUGCUGAUCGGAGGAUACGCUGUGAUCUACCUGAAGAAAACUCCAGAGGAAGCCUACAGAGCUCUGAUCUCUGGUUCAAAUGCCUCAUACAUGCCCUUCAGGGACGCUUCCUUUGGAAACUGCAGCUACAACCUCACACUGCUGGACUGUCUGCAGGGCAUCAGGAAGGCUCUGCAGCACGGCUUCUUCGACUUUGAAACCUUUGACGUGGACGAGUACGAACACUAUGAGCGAGUGGAGAACGGAGAUCUGAACUGGAUUGUCCCGGGGAAGUUUCUGGCCUUCAGUGGACCUCAUCCUAAAACUAAAAUAGAGAACGGUUACCCUCUCCACGCCCCCGAGGCUUACUUCCCGUACUUCAGGAAACACAACGUGACCACCGUCAUCCGUCUGAACAAGAAGAUCUACGACUCCAAACGUUUCACCGACGGCGGCUUCGACCAUUACGACCUCUUCUUCUUAGACGGCAGCACGCCCAGCGACAUGAUCGCACGCCGCUUCCUGCACAUCUGUGAGACCACGGACGGAGCCGUGGCCGUCCACUGCAAGGCUGGUCUGGGAAGAACGGGCACUCUGAUUGGUUGUUACCUGAUGAAACAUUACCGCUUCACGGCAGGUGAGGCCAUUGCCUGGAUCAGGAUCUGCAGACCGGGCUCUGUGAUUGGACCACAGCAGAACUUCCUGGAGGAGAAGCAGGCAGCUCUGUGGUUGCUAGGCGACAACGAACGUUCCCAGAAGGCCAAGCUGGAGGAGAGGGCGAUGUCUCACCUCAUCACCAGUAUGGAUGACCUCAUCUUAAACCCCGCCCACAACAGCAACAUGUGCAGAUCUCCAAGCUCAGACCAUCUACAGGAGAGUGAGGUAACGGACGGCGGUCUUGGUCUGACUCAGGGAGACAAACUGAGAGCCUUAAAGAGCCGACGCCCUCCCCGCCCCGCCACCACCGGAGCUCUGAGAGUGGAGGAGAUGAAGAUGCACAGCAGAUCAGCCUCUCAGCCACUCAGGUUGUCGAUGGGGGUGGGUCAGGGCCCGUCCUCCCCCCUCAAGUCCUCCAAGUUCCCAGCAUCCUCUGCUUCUGCUGCAGCCAAGAGGAUUGGGAGAAGUCCGUCAUCAUCGGCGUCAAACCUUAGGAGAAUCCCUCCUGUGUCGGAUGCUGAAAGGGAAGCUAAAGAACCAGCAGGAGUUUAUCUCUGUCAGGGCCGAAGAGACUGCGAUUCUCCUCUGAGGCGGUACCAGCUGCUCUCCAUCCAUUCUGUACGUAAAUGAGCUGUAUGUAAAUAGGAUGUAAUCUACACGCGGGCUUGGCUGCAGAAGAAGAAGAUAUAUUUAGAUAAAGACAUUUUAUAUUUCUUACUCGUGACAGAAGAAAACAUAUUUUUGUUUUAACCAAGAUGAUUUUAGAUUUUUUUUUGAUAAAGUGAAGGAUCAGCUGAUGACUCGCUCCAUCGUCAUGGUUACAGUAUUUACUUUCUGUUUCUGAUCAGUUUUCUGUGGGAAGGACAGAACAGUUUCACUCUGAUGGACUUUAUUAUUUCACAAUCAACUGCGACCGUGGCGAUGAUAAUGAUAGAAGAAGGGACCAAAAACAGAGUGUCAGCAACAAACUCAGGGGAUUAAAGUGUAUGUGUGUGUGUGUGUGUUUGGUCAAUGGUCUCAUUGGUCAGUUUAGUUUUUUUAAGUCACGACAAAGUCAGCCUCGUGUCUCUGGUGGAUCAAUGAGCUGAAAUGAUAAGUCAAUCGAAAAUCAAUGAAUCAUUUACCUGCAGCAGUUUUAAUGGCGGAUUAAUUUCCACGCUCCAUCCGUGCACAGACGCAGCUGCACCUCAUGAUUAAGCUGCCGUGGGUUGAAAUGUGACUGUUGAGCUGCAGUAACAUUAACUGGGUGAUUGGACUCAGUGAGGCCUCCGUUCUCCGUCAUCGCUGUCACUUCGGUUUUCAAACUGUCAUCUUUCCUGCUGAAAACCAAUUACGAGCCACCUGACGUCCAACACGAAGACUUCUGUGGACAACUGCAGCGUCCAUGGAUUCGCCUCGUUUAAAAACAUCACGCCAAAUGAAGCGACACACGCUCCAGGUGGAUGUGUUUUUUUACUGACAGGAUAAAGACAGGCUCAGCCACGUCACCUGACAACAGGUACAGUAAAUGGACUGCACCUGUACAGAGCUUUUCUAGUCUUAUCGACCACUCAAAGCACUUUACUCUGAUGCCACACACACACUUGUCUCAGCCGUCAGGACACUUCGACAGGCGGACCGGAGGAGCCGGAGAUCAAACCGCCGACCUCCCGGUUAGUGGACGACCCACUCCACCGCCUGAGCCUCUGGUCAGUAGACGCGUUUAGCUAAGAGAGUCGGUCGGUAAGCUGUUAUAACAACAAACAUAAGUAAGACCUGAGACCAGCAUCUGCCAGAGACAUGAGGAGGAUUUUCCCCCCGUUUUAAUCCGACCAAUCACAGUGACCGAUCCAAAAACAGGUUUCCUGUAUAUUUUUAAUCUGUUUAACCACACAUGGUGACCUUUGACCUUUGACAGGCAGCCUGUCUGAACUCUGUUAUUAAUAUAUACACCAGCAGAAUGUGUGUUUCUCAUUGGUAAUUUCAUAUCAGGCUUUGAAGUUGAAUCUGUUUAAACAGAGUUUUACAAAUGUUCCGACUCUUUGGGCAAAGUUAAAUUGAAUUUGACCGAAUUCUGUUGGAAAUAUAAGAAUUAUGAAGUUGAAGGACAAACCAGGUUCACCUGAAGACACGAGAACAGUUCGAUCAGAUUCAACUUAACGAGCCUCGGCCUUUAUAAACCAGCAGCGUUGUUCAUUAGUUAAAUUACUGUCUCUUUAGUGUGUCAGCUCAGUUAAUGAUGUGUUUACUGACCAGUGGCCCUGAGGAAAUGUAGUAAAAGGGAUUAUACAGUGAUACAGUGACACUUUUAGGAAAUCCUCCAGUUUGUUUAAGCUCAUAUGAUACUUUGAAUGUCUGUGUGACAUAAACUCCAUGACCGCAGGGGUCUGAGCAGACAUCAGGUUAACACACCGUCCAACACAGAAACACCCAAUGCAAUAAGAGCAGAACCACGUCUGUAUCUGACAUACUGCAAACCGACCCGGUUUUGCUCAUACCACGCUGGGCGUCUACGUGCUGACGUGUUCACACAUGAGCAGCUGGCGUGCACAGUCCGUGUGUUGGACGACUGUCCUGAGUCACAUGGGAAGAUCGAUAAGAGACGAAAUCCGACAUAUAAAUCAGUCCGACUUGUUGGAAAGUGGAUUUUUUUCUCUUGAGUGGAGCUAGGCUAACAGUUCCCCCCUGCUUCUGGUCUUUAUGCUAAGCUACGCUAACCAUGUCCAGGACCUGUCUGCGUCCAGGACUCAGAUUAAACUGACGUCCAUCUGAAACAACUGACUCUGGGAGACGACAGGGGACAAGAGAAUUUACUGAAAUUUAACUUCCUGGUUUUGAAAACAAGCCGCUGGCUGAAUAUUUGUCAGCUGAUUGGCUGUCUGCAGAUCAGCUGACCCUCUUCACAUCCAGGCCAUUCACCUGCUGACUGCUCUGAGCUCUGAUUGGCUGAAUGGACAGUUGAAGGUCGAUGUGAGGAUAUUUAAUGUCAGUGAGAUCGAUCGAGCCAUCGGAAAAUGUUUUUAGUGUCUGAGUCUUCUACCUCCUCUGAUGACGUGGUCACCACCGGUUCUUUUUUUAGUCAAACUGUAUUUGAGAAAAGAACAAAGGGGUUACAUGUAGCAUGCGUGACACAGACUCGAGAGCCUGUAAGACAUUCAUGAGGUUUCACGACACAGACGCUUUCAAAAUAGGAGCUUCAGAGGCCAAAACAGAAAGAUGAAAUAUUUGUAGAAGCAAAAACGGCAACAGAAACACACAUCAUCCCGUGAGGGACAGAUUGUCAUCUAUUUGUUGAUUCUCCUCUGUCACAGGAUUAAAGUAUUUUGAUUAAAGAGGUGAAACAGUUUCAGUCUGAAAAAUAUCAUUAAUGAAUAAAAUGGUCUCAGGCUCUAAAGUCACUGAAGUGCCCUCAACAUGUCAAACUCAUGUCUGAACAGUUGAGGGUUCUUGGAAAGUGUAUGAUGUUUGAAGAGGGCUUUUAUUUUGAAAUAGAGAUGUUUAUAUUAAGUAUUUUAAUUGUUGAUGCUUCACUCAUGAAUUUCUGGAUCCUGUAUUUAACAUCUUUGUUGAAGUGAAGGGAAAAGUUAGAAAAUAUAUGUCUAGGUUUUUUUCUUUUAACCGAAAGUCGAGUUUAUUUCUGGGCAAUAACACAAAUAA